GUGAACCUUCAUUGGCAUCUUGGUGCAGAGCACUUCAGCGCGGGCCAGUAUGACAUAACGCCCGGAGGACCCACUGAUCGCGACGCGUCACUUCAGCACCUCGUCCCUGACCAGCCACAGCCCUCCACGACGCAGCCGGGCUUCUUCUGCGACUUGAGGGGCUUCGAGGACAAGCUGGACAGCUACAAUUUCCAGUACUGUGUGGAUGCGUUUGUGGGCUACACCUACGAGUUCCACUGGGUGUAUUCCUCCGGUGGCCCACUCUCCGACACCUUCCAGCUUUGGCCCGGCUUGGGGCAG